CUCCUCGUCUUCGCCGGCGCUCUCCUCCGCAUCGCAUGCUACGCCUCCCUCGGCUCUCUCCACACCUACGAAGUCACCCUCCGUCCUUCCCACUGCCUCAUAACCUCCGGCCCCUACGCAUACGCCCGUCAUCCGAGCUAUACCGCCGUGGGUAUGAGCAUCCUUGGUGUUCUGAUGAUGCAUUUCAGCGAGGGAGGAUGGAAUAAGACGUGUGGGAUGAUGGGGGUGCCGGUGGUAGGGAUGGGGUGGGCACUAUAUGUGAUGUUGGCUGGAUUUGUGGGGGUAUCGUUAAAGAGGAGGGCGGGUGUUGAAGAUGAGAUGUUGAGAGGGGAGUUCGGGGAGAGUUGGGAGGAGUGGAGGAGAGUGGUCAGGUGGAAGUUCGUGCCG